AACACUUUCGCUGACAGUACGUCGUUAGACGGGAAAUUAACAUAUUGCGGUAUAACAGUACGUCGAAGGACGGGGUACUAACUUUUAUGAGCAUUGGCAGUACGUCGUCGGACGACAACUUCUAAUAGAAGCAAUAUGAAGAAUAGCAUUCACUGUCAUAUUGUAAGCAAUCUCACAUUUCUUACUGUCGUAACAUGAUUGUUUUGUGGGUAGUUUAAUACUGCUGUCUCAGUUGCUCACGCACACACGUAAACAGUUCGCAUAUAAGUACUACGUCCACCGGCGUGAGCGCACGCUAAUUUCUCGAUCAAUCAGUGCGGCCAGUGCCAUUUUGUGAACAACCACGUGUUUACGUCACUCAAACAAUGUCAGCAAAAAGUUCAAAGAAACGUCCAAAAAUACGCUUGUUCGACGAUUUUUCAUCAAAUUCGCCAUCUGAAGCAGAUUUAGAUCCCUUCGAGGAUAAUGACGGUGAUUAUGGUUCUGACACGAACUAUGAACCACAAAAUAUAGAAGAAACUGGUGCAUCCAGUUCAUCAGAGGAAAUAUUUUCUAUAAGACCUCGUCGAAUUAUAUCUGGAGGCCCUGUGGCUUCAUCGGAUUCAAGUAAGUCUGAUAUCUCAAUUAGAAGUUCAGAUUCUGAUCAGGACGAUAGAACUAUCGAAAAUGCUGAACCGAUUUCCGAAUCAGUAGACGACUUACCAUCCCUUCUUAUACCUCAACAUGACAAUGAUAUAGAUUCAGAACCAGUGCAAAAUCGGAUAAGAUCUCCUGUACCAGAGGAGAUACCGUGGUUACAUAGCACAGAAGAAAUACCUGAUUUUGAAUUCGAUGUCGAGUCAUAUGGCAUUCAGUUUGACGUUACCUCUCAGACUAGCAUUGAACAAAUUUUCGAUCACGUGUUUCCAAAAGAGUUACUCGAGUACCUGGUCCAGUGUACUAAUAAUUAUGGUACAGCUUUGUGUCAGUCAAACAAACCGUCAACCCGAUAUUCCCGGUCUCAAAAUUUUCGAAAUACUACGACUGUAGAGAUGAAAAAGUUUCUUGGACUUUCGUUAUUACAUGGACAUAUUCGCACUCCUAAACAACAAAAACUAUUUACUUAUGAUGAUCCACUAUAUUAUCAUCCUGUGUUCUCAUAUACAAUGUCUUCGCGGCGAUAUGAACAGAUACUUCGAUGUAUAUGUUGUUCAGAACUGGAUGCAAAAGGCGCAGAAAAGAUUAACAAAUUUGUUGAUUUGUUGACAUUGAAUUUUAGAAAGAUAUACAAACCUGAUAAAGAGCUUAGUUUAGACGAAUCUUUACUAUUGUAUCGAGGCCGACUUCACUUUCGGCAGUACAUAAAGUCCAAAAAAGCAAGAUAUGGGAUUAAAUUCUAUGUCUUGGCAACGGCUGAUGGUUAUGUUCUUAAUAUAAUAAUGUAUAGCGGAAAAGACGAGAAUACCCAAUUGAGAGGUGUAACGAAGCUUGAACGGUUGGUAAUGCGAUUGAUGAGACCGUUUUUAUUGAAAGGACAUCACCUCUUCAUGGAUAAUUACUACAAUUCGGUCACUCUUUCUCAGAAACUUUUUGAUUUGAAAACCCAUACAAAUGGUACUCUUCGUGUUAAUAGAAAAGAUAAUCCAAAGGAAGUAGUGGACAGAAAAUUAAAAAAAGGUGAUCAUGUUUGGGUAAGAAAAAAUAAAGUGUAUGUUAGCAAAUGGGUUGAUAAGCGACCAGUGAUUAUGUUGACCACUAGAGAACACCCCCGUAUUAUAGAAACAACAAACAGGUUUGGGAAAAUAGUUAAGAAGCCUAUUGAAGUAGCAACAUAUAAUAAAUACAUGUCCGGUGUAGAUAGGUCUGACCAGAUGAUAAGUUACUAUUCUUCGCCGAGGAAAACUAUACGCUGGUACAAAAAAGUACUUUUUCAUCUUUUGGAUACCGCUGUAUGGAAUUCCUAUUACUUAUACAAGAAAUUUGUACUGAAAAACCCAAAAUAUGAGUUAUCUUCAUAUCGGGAGGAGUUAAUAAAAAAAUUAAUAGAUUUGAAAGAAAACUGUAAGGGUAAAGAUUUAGUAUUAGAUUUAAAAAAACACAAUAGCAGAAAACACAAUAACCCCCAAAAGAACAUAUUUGCAGAUCAAGAACGAAAAUUUUGGGGUCAUUGGCCCAAACGCCAACCUGCACCUGAAAAUUCUAAGAAAAAAUACUCAUUUCUGAUGUGUAAAAUGUGUUCCAAGAAUAAGAAGAGGGUCGAAACUAGCUACAGGUGCAUUGGUUGUCCAGGACUUCCUCCAUUAUGUCCUGAAUGUUUCCAGGAUUAUCACCAAAUCCUUGAACAGCAAGAACAAUAAAUCGUAGUCUGACUCUUCAAAACCUUAUUUUGCAGAUUUACUUUAAUUUUUUGAGACUUUAUACGUUCCUAUUUUUAUAAUUAUUUACUAGGGUAUGUUGACCUAUUUUUUUGUUACUUUGGUACUUAUAUGUUUAAUAUUGUUUUCUUUUAUUGAGUUAAUUAUAUUAGGGCUUUUUAUUGUUUGUUAGUAGCGUUGCCGUAGUGUCGAAACUUUGUAUAUUAUUUAUUAUGUACAAAGAUUGUUAUAGAAGAUCCUAAUUUAUAACUUCCGAUAGCGUAUUAAAAUAUUAUAAUUUAUAAUAAUUUAAGCGUUUAACAUAAUAAUAUGAUAUAAUCAUUUGAAUGUUCCUAAUUACAAUACCAAAUAAUUUGUAAUUAUUGUGUAAGAAAUAUAUACCUAUAUAUAAUAUGUAUCUAUUACGUGUAUUUGAAUAAGAUUCAGACUAUAUCUGUUUUUCAUCGUACAGAUAUUGAAAAAUACCAUACCAUUUGAUGUUAUAAUAAUUAAUAUAUUUUUUUGUUUUUUGUUGGGAAAUUUCGAUUAUUUUAUAAGUCACAAAUUAUUGUAGGAGGUUUAAUAUUUGAAAAUAUUUGAUUAUUUUACAAA